GUAAAUAAAUCAUAGAAGUAAAUUAUGUAAUUUUAUGAAAGAAACCUUAUGAAAAUUAUAUUUAAUCGUAAUUUAAUCUAAUCGUCGAAAUUUAAUAAAUUUCAUGCCUAGCUAAUCAUUGAUAGUUACAUGUUUUUCUCACACAUAACCACAAAGUAAUUCACAUCGGUAAGCUUUCAAUCUAAAAUGCAAAAUUAUCAACUCUCAAAUGCUCACUAAUACUUAUUCCAUCAAUAAAGUGAUAUCAAACCUCGAUCUCCCGUACAUAAUAUACAUACAUACUCAGCAGCUACAGGGCACCUGCAUUUGAAAGGUUCCAUAUAUUCGAGUGACUCAGGUGAUAGUUCUUCGCGUACUAACACCCACACAGAGUAUAUAAUAAAAGGUAGAUGGUUUACUGCCCACGAUGAAUCCGCUACGAGAGAAGAUCUGCGACGUGGUGGUAGACUCGGCCGCGCUGGCUACGCCGCCGCCAGAACCCGUCGUGCCCAAGCCCCCCAAGGAAAGGAAACCCAAAGAGUACAAGAUCCCAGAAAAACCUGCUACGGUCGACGAUGAAUUUUAUGCAAAAUGGGCCAAUCAUCAAAAGGAGCUACAAAACGCGAAGCCCCGGGUCAGCGCGGCGCCACCAGCGAUGCAGCCCGAGCGGUACCUGCAGCCGCGCCGCCUGCAGCAGUUCGCGCAACAACUGCACCAGAACGUCAGCGCCAACCAGGACAUCAUCAAGAAGAUUCAUCAGAUACAAACUGCUGGAGGGUACGUAGACUGCCGCAGGAAGGAAACAGAUAAUACCAACGCUAUAAAGACUAAGGAACUGAAAGUUAAAGAACGGCAGAGGAAGCUAGACGAAAUUAACAAAGAUAAUAACAGCAUGCACGUCAGGAUACAAAACGCUCGAUCGAAACAGCCGGGUACGGCCGAACUAAAUAAGGAGUGGGAGGAGACCAAACGAAAAAUUAUGAAGGGUGCAAAUAAGCCGUUUGUUUUAUUCAAGACUGAAAGGAUCGACAAAAAUAUACACGAUCCUGCUUUCGACAAGCCACCAGGAGUUUACAGACCAAGGGUAAAGAUGGAGCUAGCAGUGCGCGGUGGGACACGGCUGGGCCGCGUGACUCUGGAGCUGUUCUCAGACCUCGUCCCGGACACCUGCCGGCUGUUCCUCAGCCUCGUGAAGGGAACUGAAGAGGGGCAUGCUUAUACUGGCACCAGGAUAUUCAGGAUAGUUGCCGGUUUAUAUUGCCGCGGUGGAGACGUGACGCAAGACAACGGGUAUGGGUCCUACGUGCCCAGCGGGAACACUGAACCUUUCACACCUGAAAAUUUUGACCUGAAACAUACUGUGCCAGGUGUGGUGUCGAUGUCGGUAUCUGAGGACGACACUGUGGACGGACACUUCAACAUCAUAUUCAAGCCUCUGCCACAGCUUGAUGGCAAAAAUGUGGUAUUCGGAAGAACAAUCGCCGGUCCCUCCAACAUCCUGGACCGCGUCAGCGCGCUGGGCCUGCCCCCGGGCUGUCCCAUAGGCGUGCCCCCGUACUGCAAGCCGCACUGCCUCACGAUGAGCUCCGACGUAGACCUGGUCGUCAGCAGCUGUGGGUAUUUCUCGAGAACUGGCGUGUUUAGAGAAGGCGCGAAGAGUACGAUUGAGUUCGGGAAGGUUUGAGUUUUGGUGGUUUGUUUAUGGCGUGUUUUUGUUUUUUUAUUAAAGUUUUUUUUUUGUAUUUUA